AUGAGCUUAAAAAUAAUACAAAAAACAAAGUUAGCAGAAUCUCUAAAUAUAGCAGAGUCAACUUUACGAACGAUUAUUGUCAAAAGGAAAGAAAUAGAAAAAUGUGCUUUUGAAGGAUCAAACAAGCGGAAGAAAAUAAAGCAUGGAAAAUAUUUUACUCUUGAACAAAUUCUGAUUAAGUGGAUUAAUAAAAAGCAUGCUAAAUCUGCAGCUGUUAAUGGCCCACUUAUUCAACGUGAAGCCUUAAAAAUUGCCACCUCUUUAAGUAUCACCGAUUUCAAAGCAACAAAUGGAUGGUUGGAUCGAUUUAAGAAACGGAAUCUAAUUCGUUAUCGCCAAGAUAGUAAAAAAUCUGAAUUGGUAAAUAUUAAGGAUAUAAAAUUUUGGUUUUUAAACAUUUUACCUAAAUUUACAGAAAUGUAUACUUCAAAAGAUAUUUUUAACGUUACUGAAUUUGAGUUAUGUUUUAAACUAAUAUCCAAUAAACCACUUGGUUUUAAAAAAAAUACACGCAACAAAACGUGUUAUAAAGGUAAACUUAGCAGGGAAGUUCUUAAAGUACUUAUCUGUGCUAAUUCUGAUGGAACAGAAAAAUUGAAUCCACUUGUAAUUGGAAAACCAUUGAAACCUAGAAGUUUUGUUAACAACAAAUCUUUUCCGUGUGAGUAUUUUGUAAAAAAUACCAAGUUGAUGACUAAUGAUUAUUUCUGUAUAUGGCUCAAAAAAUUGGAUGAAAGCAUGAUAAAAGAGAAUCGUAAAAUUAUACUUAUUGUAGACAUUACUUCAACUAUUCAAAAAGAUAUUGAGUUGAAAAAUGUAGAAUUAGUAUUUUUUCCGCCUUACAUUACAAAAAAACAUCAACCUAUGAAUUUAGGUGUAAUUAAUGUCUUGAAACAGUUUUAUGAAAAACACUAUUUAAAUGUCUUAAAAAAAUCAAACACUAAGCAUCGUAACAUAUUAGAUGCAUUACGUUAUAUAACUGAAGCGUGGAAUAGCAUACAGCCUAAAGUGAUUGCUGAAUGUUUUAAAAAAGUUAGAAUGGAAAGUUUUUACAAUAAAGUAAUUGAUGAUACUGCUAAUGAAUUAAUAGAACCUAUAAACAACUCUUCAACACAUUUAAUAAAAUCCAGUCAAGACAACGAAAAUUUAAUGACCACAGAACACAAAAAUAAACAAAAUAGUGAAGACUUGGUUAAUUUUGCUGAAGAUGAUGAUUAUAGUGAAGAUUAUGAUAGUGAUGAAUCUGACUCUGGCCAAAAUGAAUCAUUAUCCGAUGCAAUUAAUGCUAUCAAUGUAUUAAGACGCUAUCUCCCAAAAUUAAAAGGAAGUGAAGCAGCCUUGCAAUAUCAAUAUGAAUUACAUUCCGGCAAGCUGCAAUAUAUAGCAAGAUGUUCAACUACAAGUUGGAUAUCAUUCCACACUUAUAAUAAAAUGAAAUAA